GGAGGUGGGAAAUCAUACGAUGGAAUAUGUACAUUUAGUAUACUGAUUUCAUUCUUUUGCCCUGAGAGUCCUCAAAAGUCGUGAUGGAUUUUGAUAGAUCUGAAAAGGGUGAUGAAAAUACUCCGUUGGUUCCGCACGAACCUCCCCGGGAGGCGAACCUCAUGCGGAAGCUAGCGGUGAUGGGUGGAUGCCUCAUGCAGCAAAUGGUCGUCAAUGGUAUCGGUUACGGUCUGAGUGUGCUGUAUCCGGAACUCAUUGUCGUGUUCGGAAGCUCUCGGACUAACGCCUCCCUUGUUCAGGGCAUAUACAUGGGCAUCUGCACAGGUGGCGGGAUCAUUUUCACAAGUUUGAUACGACGGUUUGGACCUGGACGAAGUAUAAUGGUGGGGGCUGCUGUUGGAACAAUCGGGCUGUUUUGUAGCAGUUUUGCUAAAAAUCUCCCCGCCGUCAUUAUUCUCACUGGUGUAGUAGCAGGAACGGGCUUGUGUACAUGCUACCUUGCGGCGUUUAUCGCCAUAAGCUGGAUUUUUCGCAGCGAUGCCGGGUUUGCUCUUGUAUGUUUGACCGCGGGCUCGAGUGUGGGUCAGUUUUUCAUGCCUCUGGUUAUAGAGGCUUGCAUCUCCCGCUACACGUGGUCCGGUGCGUACAUUGUCAUCUCGGCACUUCCAUUGCAGUGCCUAGCUUGUGGUCUGCUAAUACAUUCGUCCAGCGAGUUUUAUGUAACUUCCAACACAUCUGCGGAUGGAGACCAAGCGGGUAAAACAGAUAACGAUAAAAAGACAAACAGGUCCAAAGGGGCGUUCAGAUCGUUGUUAACAGAUGUUACCAUUCUCCUGUUGUUAGUAACAUACUUCAUGAUGUCACUGACAGGCAACGCUGAGGCUUGGUUUAUAGUGGACAUGGUGGUGACGCGCGGGUUCACCAGACAGUCGGGUUCGGUGAUUGCUUCAGCCAUUGGUAUGGCCAACUUCAUCGGACGAAUGCUGGGUACUCUUCUUCGAUACAAAAUGCCGAACACACCAACACUUUACCACUGGAUCUACCUUUGUCCGCUGACGGCCGUGACCCACGCGCUAGUUGUUAUUUUCCAUGACUACACAGGGAUAUUCUGCUCAUGCGUUGCAUACGGUGUUAUUUAUGGCAUAAGCGUUGCCCAGGCGCCUGCAAUUAUGUUCGAAACAGCUGGCCUUGACCGAUAUCCCCAAGGAAUGGCGCUAGUUAACACCAUGUAUGGCAUUGGAAAUAUACUUAGCGGACUUCUUGGAGGGUUUAUCCGCGACUCGACCGGCCAAUACGAUAUCGUGUUCUGGCUUGCAGUGGGCACUACGUUAUAUAACGGACUCGGGGCAGCUCUGGCGGCCUACCUUAUCAGGAAGAAGGGACGAGAUUACAGGAUGAACGACGAAAUUUCUGUACGAUAUAGGCGGCUUUCUGACUAAUUAGAUAUUGGGACAAGUGCAAUGUUUUAUGCGCAUAUUUACUUUUAUAAAAUCUGUUUGAGUUGCAAUGAUUGAAAGAAAUCCAUCAACAGCAUUAAUGUUGUAUUGAUUUUGAAUUAUGACAACACAAUGUCUCGACCUCCCUAGCCUUUUUAAGGUUGUGGUUAAUAACUAGAGUAUUCUUUAAUUGGUGCUCCUUAAAUAAAAGUGACAUGCUCUUGUGUAGAGCCUUAGUGUGAUGUGGACUAGUUUGAAUAAGUGUAACACCCUCGCUCCAAUCCGCGCCGUAUACAUUUGCCGUUUAAUCGUUUAUUCGUAAUGUCAA